UGACUGAGGCAACAAGGAUAAAGUUGUCUGCUGGGUCUCCGCAGAGCGUUUGUUGUUUUACCAUGGCUGCAGCCAUCGGGAUUCUGUUGAGGGUCCUUCUGUUUUGCUUGUUGGCUGCCAGAGGAUUUCAAGCAACUGCAGCCAGCGCUGGAUCUGCUGAGAUAACCGAGAGUGAAGAUGUACUGGAUGCUGACUCCACGUCAGAUUCAACUAGCACUGAUGCUAUAGAUGAGUCUUCAUGGGCACCUGAGGAUUCAAUCUUUGAACCAAAUGAGACGAGCAGCCACCACUUCAAAGGGCGUGAGCUGCAGGAAACCGAACCACUACAGCACAACAAAUCAAGGCACCACAAUUUAUCCAGUGAUUUUCAAGAGGAAUUGCCAGAUAAAUCUGGUAAGUCACGAAAAUGCCUCUUCAGAGAGCCCAACCAGCCACCGUGCGAAGCUGAAGGACCCCGGGAAGUGAUUUGCUCAACGUUGGAAACUUUCUGCAAACCCCAGGAUUCAGAAACCCUUGCAGGCCAACACCAUCUAUAUUCACAAAUGUCUCAAUUGCUUAGAUUGCUAAAGCAGAUUAACUACAGGCCCGAGGAGGAACCACCACAUGGCGCUUUACCCAAGUGGCUCCAGGAGCACAAACGAGAUAGAUAUGUGCCCAAAAGGCUGUUUGGUCCCCAGCAACACGGAUUCCUUCCAAAGCAUCAUGACUACGCACCCCAUAAGCAUCAAAGUUCUCGAGUACCUCAUUACUAUGAUUCAAAACCCCAGCCUUAUGAUCUCCAGAUCCCAGAAAGUUACUCCCAAGGUCACCUUUCAAGGGAGUUUAGAGAGCCCCACAGUUACCUGCCCCAUUCUCGACACCAUGAAUACCUACCUCAAGACUUUCAGCGCCGGAUCCCUCAUGAGAAGCCCAGUUUCAAGCCUCAAGUUCACCGGAUGCCACGGUACAUGGCCAGGUGGACGGACUUCCUGCCCCAGAGGCCACAUUACUUAGCCAUGCGUCCAAGGCUCUCGGCCAACCGGCUGCAGUACAGGCAGCCAGCCAACAUGCCUCAAAUGUUUUACUAUGCAUCAAAGUAACUUCAGUCGGCAUCAGAGGUGUCUGUUUCAUGGGGAGCCGGUUUGCAAUUUACAUCGUGCUGCAGUGAGAUAAGUUUGGACCGUUUCGUUUUUAAUCAGUUUUCUAACGUGCAAUAAAAGUCUAUGCGCCUUGAA